CGGGCGGCGGGGUGUUCCGGCUGGGUCCGUGCGCGGAGUGCCGCUGUCCCACGUGUGAAGGGAUCGUGAAGCGGCGCGGCGGGAUGUCGGCUCCGGUCGUUGCCAGCAGCUUGCCCAUGCGGCUGCUCCGCAGGAAGAUCCACAAGCGUAACCUGAAGCUGCGGCAGCGCAACCUCAAGCUGCGGGAGAUCGAGGGGGCAGGUACGGCCGUGCCGGGCAGGGCCGCAUCGCUGGGCGCUCCGGAAGAGGAGGAGGUGGAGAAAGCGGCGGCGGCGGCCCCUGAGGCAGAUGCAGCGGCGGCAGGCGGGGAGGGCACGGAUGGAGCCGGCCCCCGAGACGGACAGAAGAGGAGGAAGAAGAAAAAGAGGAAAGCAGCAGCGGCUGCUGUGGAGGAAGGUACAGAAACUAAAAAAGCAAAAACUGAAGAAGAUGAAUCUGCCAAGGUAGAAGAUGAAGAAAAGCAGGAUUCUGGAGAGAAGAAAGAGGAGGAGGGGGAGGAGGAUGAAGUGCCUAGUUUACCACUAGGUGUAACAGGUGCUUUUGAAGACAAUUCUUUUACUUCCCUGGCUGGUGUUGUCAGUGAAAAUACAUUGAAAGGCAUAAAUGACAUGGGUUUUACACACAUGACUGAAAUUCAGCAUAAAAGUAUUAAGCCACUUCUGGAAGGCAGGGAUAUUUUAGCAGCUGCAAAAACAGGCAGUGGCAAAACACUUGCAUUUCUUAUUCCUGCAGUAGAACUCAUCUAUAAGCUGAAAUUCAUGCCUAGAAAUGGAACGGGUGUUAUUAUUCUCUCUCCUACUCGAGAGCUUGCUAUGCAAACCUACGGAGUUCUUAAAGAACUGAUGAAUCAUCAUGUUCACACAUAUGGUCUGAUAAUGGGGGGCAGUAACAGAUCAGCAGAAGCACAGAAACUUGGAAAUGGGAUAAACAUCAUUGUAGCAACACCAGGAAGACUGCUGGAUCAUAUGCAGAAUACUCCAGGUUUCAUGUAUAAGAACUUGCAGUGUUUGGUAAUUGAUGAGGCGGAUCGUAUCUUGGAAGUUGGAUUCGAAGAAGAAAUGAAACAGAUCAUAAAACUUCUACCAAAGCGCAGGCAGACGAUGCUUUUUUCUGCUACACAAACCAGAAAGGUUGAAGACCUGGCAAAGAUCUCUCUGAAGAAAGAGCCACUCUAUGUUGGGGUUGACGAUAAUAAGGAGACAGCAACAGUAGAUGGUCUUGAACAGGGAUAUGUAGUGUGUCCAUCUGAGAAAAGAUUCCUUCUGCUCUUCACAUUCCUUAAGAAGAACAGGAAGAAGAAACUAAUGGUAUUUUUUUCAUCAUGUAUGUCAGUAAAGUACCACUAUGAAUUACUCAACUAUAUUGAUUUGCCUGUUUUGGCCAUUCAUGGCAAGCAGAAACAAACCAAACGUACUACAACAUUUUUCCAGUUCUGUAAUGCAGAAUCUGGAAUACUGUUGUGCACUGAUGUAGCUGCCAGAGGAUUGGAUAUUCCUGAAGUUGACUGGAUUGUCCAGUAUGACCCACCAGAUGAUCCAAAAGAAUAUAUUCAUCGUGUUGGUAGAACUGCCAGAGGUAUAAAUGGUAGAGGGCAUGCUCUGCUCAUUUUACGACCAGAAGAACUGGGCUUUCUUCGUUACUUAAAACAAGCAAGGGUACCAUUAAGUGAAUUCGAAUUUUCUUGGUCAAAAAUUUCAGACAUCCAGUCUCAGCUGGAAAAACUGAUUGAGAAGAAUUAUUUCCUUCACAAGUCAGCCCAGGAAGCAUACAAAGCUUACAUUAGAGCUUAUGACUCCCAUUCUCUGAAGCAGAUCUAUGAUGUCAAUAACCUGGAUCUUCCCAAAGUCAGCCUUUCAUUUGGUUUUAAAGUUCCUCCGUUUGUUGACCUCAAUGUGAACAGCAACCAUGGCAGAAGACUACAGAAAAGAGGUGGAGGUGGGGGAUUUGGUUACCAGAAAGCAAAGAGCGUCCACAAAGCUAAAAUCUUCAAACACAUUAACAAGAAAUCAGACCAUCGGCAGUUUUCUCGUUAAUCAUACAUUCAUUAAAAUGGCUUGUGGCAUUCAUACAGACUACCUUGAUCAAAAGUACCUGGCAUUUACUUCCAAUUUAAACUGCUCUAUUCACAUUUUUAGGGGCUUUUGUGGUUUUGUUUCUGGGAGCAUCUUUUUAUUUUUCAUUUUAGGAAAAUUCUUUGGGAGGGAGAUUAAAUAUAGAAAGGGAGAAUAUGGCAAAUGAAUUUUGCCAUGCUGCUUGUGAGGAAAAAAGAUGAUAGUUGAAUAUAAUUAUCUUAAGUCAAUACUACAGAGGUUUUUGUUAAAGAAAUUAAAAAUACUUUUAGGAUUUAUAGAAGAAUUUGCUUCACAUCUACCCUUUUUUCUAUGCACACCUCUGAAAAUUGUUGGAGGAGACAAUGCAAGGACAGAUCACAGUGUAAGAUAA